AUGUUCUCGAGCGGUCUCCUCCUCCUUCUCGCCGCUCGGCUCGUUGAAAGCGCUACUAUCGAGUCGCGUGCAGCACCCACCAUCAAGCUCGAUAAUGGUGUUUUCACGGGCAAGGCUAGCUCUUCACGGACUCAGAGCUUCCUUGGAAUUCCUUUUGCCCAACCCCCGGUUGGAGACUUGCGCUUCAGGCUGCCGCAGCCUGUCUCAGCAUAUAACGGGUCCUAUACAGUUACUUCGUUCGGUCCCUCGUGCCCACAACAGGCAGUCAAGCUUCCUGCACUCACUGGCCUCGUGGAAGAAGUCGUAGAUGCCGUGACCAACUCGAUUUUUGGUAUCGUCUUUCCUUCGGCUGAGGACUGUUUGACGCUUAAUGUCAUCAAGCCCAGCAGCGCUACGGCCUCCUCCAAGUUGCCUGUUGUCGCAUGGAUAUUUGGCGGCGGGUUCGAGCUCGGUAGCCCCUCCAUGUAUGAUGGCACAACCAUUGUUGAACGGUCGAUUUCUAUGGGCGAGCCUGUCAUUUAUGUCUCGAUGAACUAUCGUCUCUCCGCAUUUGGCUUCCUCGCCAGCAAGGAGGUCCGUGCUGCUGGCGUGGGCAACCUUGGUUUACAAGAUCAACGUCAAGCUCUUCGUUGGCUCCAGAAGUACAUCGGGGCUUUCGGAGGCGAUCCGACCAAGGUCACCAUUUGGGGGGAGAGUGCAGGAGCAAUUUCUGUGGCCUCGCAGAUGAUUGGCUACAAUGGCAAUCAUGAAGGGCUAUUCCGUGCUGGCUUUAUGCAGUCAGGGGCGCCCAUCCCAGUCGGACCUCUCGAGAAUGGCCAGAAAUAUUACGAUGCUAUCGUAAGACAAGUCGGUUGCUCUGGAGCUGCGGAUACUCUAGCAUGCUUGCGCACUGUCCCAUAUAAUACUCUCAAAGCUGCUCAAGAUGCAUCACCGUUUAUCUUCGCCUACCAGUCCCUCGUCCUCGCGUGGCUCCCACGUGAAGAUGGUGUCUUCUUUACCGACAACCCGCAGAAGCUUGUACAGCAGGGCAAAGUUGCGAAUGUCCCGUUCAUCACAGGAAACAAUGAUGACGAAGGCACACUUUUCUCUUUGUCAACUCUUAACAUCACGACUGACUCCCAGUUUUUGACCUGGGUCCGCACAAACUGGAUGCCGCAAGCAACUACUGCGCAAACCAACGAUUUCGCGUCUUUGUAUACCAGCAGUCUUAUCGACGGCUCGCCGUUCGGUACUCUGAUUCUGAAUGCAUUGACGCCUCAAUUCAAACGUAUCGCUGCCUUCCAAGGCGACGCUGUUUUCCAAGCCCCACGUCGAUUUUUCCAGCAAGCACGCUCGGGUAAACAGAACCAGUGGGGCUUCAUCAACAAGCGGCUCAAGCUGACGCCAUUCCUCGGCUCUUUCCACUUCACCGACAUCCUCAAUAUCUAUUUCGACGGCGAGCUUACCGAUUAUCUUAUCAACUUUGCCAACAACCUCAACCCUAACGGGAGGACGGUACCAAAUUGGCCAGCGUACACGACUGCAAACCCAAACAUGAUGACAUUCCUCGAUGGUCUGUUCCCGACCUCGAUUACGCAAGACACCUUCCGCAAGGACGCCAUCGCGUAUUUGACGAAUCUGACGCUACAGUCCCCAAUAUAA